AUGUCUAGAACCCAAUUUGUCGCGGAGGCCGAGAGACAGUUACAUGACAACAGAAAUUACCAGAUUUUGGGAGGAGACCCCACAGACAGGUACAAAAGGGAAUUGGUACAGAUCCUUGAUGACGGUAGGGAGCUAGGCGUUCUGGAUGAGUCUACCUGUGACUUCCUCCUGGUGGAUAAUCCAGUAACCCCCAUCUUUAAUCACCUACCAAAGGUACAUACAUCCCUGGAGGAGGUCAUUGGUAGACCCAUCGUUAUCGGUAUUGGAUCACUCCUGGAGAGAAUCUCGCAAUGGGUGGAUGGUAUACUACAGCCCAUGGUGGGGGAACUUACUAGUUUCUUGCAGGACACUACACAUGUCUUAAAAUUAAUGGAAAAAGUAAUGUGGGAUGAGAAGGAUAUGUGGUUAACCAUUGAUGUCAGGGCGCUUUAUACCUUCAUAACGCAUGAGAAGGGUCUGCAGGCCAUUGAAUUUUUCCUAAGACAGAAUACUGGCUUUUCUGACAAACUAGGAAGUCUUAACCAGUUCCCUCGCUCCGUGUGCACUGAGAGUUGUAUGCCCGGAUAUAGAAAAGCUGUUGAGAAGGGGCAACCCAUUUGCUGCUAUAUUUGUGUAAAGUGCCCAGAAGGCGAGAUCUCUAGCUCAACAGAUGCAGAAAAUUGCGUGAAGUGUCCUGAAGAUCAGUGGUCCAAUGAGAGCAGAGAUAUGUGCAUCCCAAGAACUCUGGAUUUCCUAUCCUAUGAGGAGAUUUUAGGCAGUUGUUUGAUAACCCUGUGCAUAAUAUUCUGUAUAACUGCAUUAUUAGUGCUGGGGAUCUUUAUUAGACACCAUGAGACACCUAUAGUCAAAGCCAAUAACCGAGAUGUAAGCUACAUUCUCCUCCUCUCCCUAAUCUUGUCCUUCCUCUGCCCCUUGUUAUUCAUUGGACGUCCUGUGACAGUGACUUGCCUGCUCAGACAAGCUGCCUUUGGUGUAAUAUUUACAGUAUCUGUCUCUUGUGUUCUGGCAAAAACCAUCACUGUUGUCAUUGCCUUCAAUGCCACUAAACCUGGCACUAACAUAAAGAAGUGGGUAGGUCCCCGGGUAUGCAUGUGCCUGAUUAUCAUUUGUUCCCUGGGGCAGGUAGUGACAUGUACUGUGUGGCUUAGCCUCUGCCCUCCAUAUCCAGACUAUGACACUCAGACUGACACUGGGAAGAUGAUAUUACUGUGUAACGAGGGGUGUGUCCCUGCUUUCUACACUGUGAUUGGAUACUUGGGCUUCCUGUCGGCAUUAAGUUUCCUGGUUGCUUUCCUGGUUAGGAAGUUACCUGCCAGUUUUAAUGAGGCCCAGCUAAUCACAUUCAGCAUGCUGGUGUUCUGCAGUGUGUGGCUAUCCUUCAUCCCAGCGUACCUGAGCACCAAGGGCAAAUACAUGGUGGCCGUGGAGAUAUUUGCUAUUCUGGCUUCCAGUGCAGGACUGCUGGGCUGUAUAUUUAUUCCCAAGUGUUAUAUUAUUAUUUUCCGGCCCAAACAGAACACCAGACAACAUAUUCAUUUGAAACACUAA